UCAUCUCAGUUCUGACUCCCUCCAUCACAACUCAACACAAUCCCUCUCCCUCUUCCUCUUCCUCUCCGUUGUGGUGAUGAAGGUGAUGUGACGGCGUGCGGGGCCAAUCGUCGGGGAACAGGGGCGUGGCCAGGGAAGGAGCUCAGAGCUGAAUGAUGCUCAGAGGACCGAGGAGGAAGAAGAGAUGACAGGGAGGUAGAGGAGGGUGGGGGAGGCCUUGUCCGAGCCGAGGAGCGCCGACGGUGGGUUGAUAGGAGGAGGGAGGAAGCUGCCGCCUGUCGACGGAGGAUCCACCUGCGCUGUCAUGGAUAAAUACCGACCAAAGAGACCGACCAGCCUGAAUCUGUUCCCACAGCUCCCACAAGCCGGCACCCAGGACUCAAUCAACAACAACUCUUUGGGUAAAAAGGACAGCUGGAAGGACUCCCACUCUUCCUCCCCACACAUCACAGGAGACCCAGCACCUCAAGAUGCCAAGCCAAAACCAGAGGAAAAAGUCCGGCCCACAGCUCAGCGCCGGCCAGCACCAAAACCGCCCACAGCCUCCAACAGCAGAAACAACGCGCAGGCCACCGCCUCAGCCCCAGACACACGGGUCCGACCACGAGAACGGUCGACGUCCGCAGCCACGCAACCCUGCAGCACGCCAAGGAGUCAGCGGAGAGCCGCAGGAGGCGGGGGAGGCGGGAGAGGAGGUGGAGGGAGAGGAGCGAUGAAGGAGAAGAACCUUGGAGAGCUCAGGGGCAACGGGACGGACCGGAGAGGGGGACGUCUGUGUGAGGACAAGGCGAAGGACAAAGACAGGAACGGACAUCAGAGGCAGAGGGAGGUCAACGGGCCGAAAGGCCGGCAAGCUGAGGGGAGAGGAAGAGGAGGUUCGAAGAUGAGCAGAGGAGGAGCAGGCAUCAAGUCCAACAACAAGCUGUCCAACCAGGAGAUCUACCUGCCUGCCAUGGUGGUCCCACGCACACCUGUAGCAGCAAGAAGCCAGGAGAAGAGCCAGAACCGGGAGAAGAGCCAGAACCAGGAGAAGAGCCAGAACCAAGGCCAAAACCAUGACAGAACCCAGGAGAACCCCCCUGCUGCGCUGUCCCGGUCCAGCAGUGAGGGGGGGUCCAACCGGAUGUCCCUGAGCUCAGACACAGAGGGGCCCCCUCCUGGACCGCUGCAUCCCUCUCUUUCCUGCAGAACCAACCCCGACAUCCGAGAAGAAGACGGGGAAGGAGAUCCGACUCCCUCCGCGUCCGUUCAGAACCACCCGGCACGCACACCGACGGACAAGGACAAACCAGAGACGGACCGUACCACCGCCGAGACAGACGCAGGGGGGGACAAAGCUGAAGACACGGUGGACGUUAAGUUGGGCCGAACCCGACCAAAGAGCGAGACGGCGGUCGGGCUGAGCUAUGACUCGGUUAAAUACACGCUGGUAGUGGACGAGCACGUUCAGCUGGAGCUGGGCAAGCUGAAGGACUGCCUGCACGGACCCAACGAGCACAACGAGGACAGCGACACCGAGACCGUCUACCAGUCAGCCAACGAGGAGGAAGACCCCGAGUACGAGGAGGAGAGGAGGAAGAGCGAGGAGGCCAGAAAGCUAGAAAGGAGAAAAGAGGAGGAGAAGCAAAGACAAGAGGAGAAGAAGAGGAAAAAAGAAGAGGAGGAGGCAAAGAGGAGGAAAGAAGAGGACCUAAAGAAGAGGAGGGAGGAGGAAGUGAAGAGAAGGAGGGAAGUAGUUGCAGUUGCACGGGUCUGCAAGCAGUCCAAGGUUUCGUCAGCCACAACUUCAGAGGAAGACGAGUCUAGUGGAGGAGGAAGAGGCCCCAGAAGCAGGAAGUUCCUCAACCUGUUCUCUGCCAACAGCAGCAGCUCAUACAGCUCCACAGGUGCCGGCUCGUUUGGUGUGUUUUCCUGUGUUUUGGACGGCGUGGAGAGGCAGCAGAGCCACCGGGCCACCUACCGGUUUGUUCCCCGCCACGCAGACGAGCUGCAGCUGGAAACGGACGACCCGGUCCUGAUGCUGAAGCAGAGCGAGGAUCUGUGGUGUCAGGGCUACAACAUGAGGACCGGGGCCACCGGCAUCUUCCCGGCCUUCUACGCCGUCAGGGUGCCCAAAGACGGGAGCCACGUCCGUAACGACGGCUGGGCGGAGCAGUUUGUUGUUCGGUUUCUGGGCUCGGUUCAGGUUCCCAUCCACAUGGGAAACGAUGUCCUGUGUGCAGCGAUGCAAAAGGUUGUGUGUAACAGGCGGUCAGCCGGUCAGCUGCCGUCAGCCUGUGUGCUGGAGGUCAGCGUGAAAGGUGUGAAGAUGAUCGUUCAGGACCAGUGCCACUCUGUACACCGGGGAGACCAGUGUUUCCAUUUCUUCCAGUUGAAGAACAUCUCAUUCUGCGGCUGCCAUCCCAAACACAGCCGGUAUUUUGGAUUCAUCACUAAACAUCCCGACCAGCAGCGCUUCGCCUGCCAUGUGUUGAUGUCAGACACCACCUUGCAUCCUCUGGCGGAGUCUGUUCGUCGGGCGUUCCAGCAGUUCUACAAGGAGCACAUCGGUUACUCCUGUCCCACUGAGGACAUCUUCAUCGAAUGAACUGCCCUCCUCUUCAUCCUCCUCUGCCUCAGACUGAAGCCUCACCAUGUGCAUGCUACGCCGGCCUUACUCCCAGACUGGACCACCAGAACUUCUUCUCUGCAUGGUGGGUUCAUUCAGCGUUCUGACCGGUCCGAGUCGCCGGGCGAAUCCCUCUGAGGACCAAAAUGACUGAACUCACUGAAACAUCCCCAAUAAUCACUUUAUAUUCACGCAUUUAUUAACAGAAGUUAUUUACAUGUACCCAUGCUUGGAUAUUUUACUCACCGUUUAAAACUUCAGUCACAGAGAAACUACUAGAAAAGUCACUAAAAGGACACAAGACAACAGCAGAAAUACUUUAAAAGACCACUAGGUGGCGCCAAACAGCUUUAAAAGUUGGAAACAACUGGGAGGAGACGAAGAAGAGAGCUUCAAAACUAAACAGAUGAAAAAGGCACAAAAAGCUGCUUUUACUCUAAUAUUAGUGCAGCUUGGUGGCUCAUAAUCCAAAGGUAGUCUAUAUUAAACGUUUCAGCAAAAAAAAAAAAA